AUGGCCUCUCAGGUUCUCGGGCUGGAAGAAGAGCCUGGCCCAAACCCUGGGGAUUCUGAACUGGCUGUGAACCCCUUUGACGGGCUCCCCUUCUCUUCCCGCUACUACGAGCUGCUUGAGCAGCGCCGAUCCUUGCCUAUCUGGGCUGCUCGCUUUAUCUUCUUGGAGCAGUUGGAGAGUAGCCCCAGUGGAGUGGUGCUGGUGUCUGGAGAGCCUGGCUCUGGCAAGAGCACCCAGAUCCCACAGUGGUGUGCAGAGUUUGUGCUGGCCAGGGGUUUCCAGAAGGGCCGGGUAACUGUGACUCAGCCCUACCCUCUGGCAGCCCUGAGCUUGGCCCUGCAAGUUGCUGAUGAAAUGGACCUGACCCUGGGUCAUGAGGUUGGAUACAGCAUCCCCCAAGAGGACUGCACUGGGCCUGACACUCUGCUCAGGUUCUGCUGGGACAGGAUGCUUCUGCAGGAGGUGGCCUCGACCCGGGGCACUGGAGCGUGGGGUGUGCUGGUGCUGGAUGAGGCUCAGGAGCGGUCAGUGGCCUCAGAUUUGCUCCAGGGGCUCCUGCGAGAUGCCAGGCUGAGAAACCUUCCAGGGGACACCAGAGUGGUUGUAGUUACUGACCCAGCCCUCGAACCUAAGCUCCAGGCCUUCUGGGGCAAUCCUCCUAUUGUACAUGUACUUGGAGAGACUGGCAGGUGUCCCAUUCCCGUCUACAGGGACACUGUCCCUACUGAUAGAGUGGAAGCUGCCUGCCAAGCUGUGCUUGAAUUGUGUCGGAAGGAGUCUCCAGGAGAUGUGCUAGUGUACCUGCCCAGUGAGGAGGAAAUAUCCCUGUGCUGUGAGUCCUUGUCCAGGGAUGGGGGGUUCUUGGAGAACCAAGGGCCUCCACCACGGGUGCUGCCCCUUCACCCAGGCUGUGGACAAGCUGUUCAGGCUGUGUAUGAGGACAUAGAAUCGGGUGCCCGAAAGGUUGUGGUCACUCACUGGCUGGCCGACUUCUCCUUCUCCCUCCCUUGCAUCCGACAUGUCAUUGACUCAGGACUGGAGCUUCGAAGUGUUUACAAUCCUCAGAUCGGAGCAGAAUCCCAAGUGUUGAGACCAAUCAGCAAGUGUCAGGCAGAGGCGAGACGACUGCGGGCAACAGGGAUCCUACCAGGAUCCUGCCUCUGCCUGUAUCCUAAGUCCUUCCUAGAACUAGAGGCUCCCCCGCUGCCCCAACCCAGGGUGCGUGAGGAGAAUCUGAGCCCCCUGAUAUUACUACUAAAGAGGAGACAGAUUGCAGAGCCAGGAGAGUGUCACUUCCUGGACCGGCCUGCUCCAGAAGCACUGAUGCAGGCCCUGGAAGAUUUAGACUAUCUGGCAGCCCUGGAUGAUAAUGGGGACCUGUCAGACCUGGGAGUCAUCCUAUCAGAAUUUCCCCUGGCCCCUGAUCUGGCCAAAGCCCUGCUGGCCUCGUGCGAGUUUGACUGUGUGGAUGAGAUGCUCACCCUGGCCGCCAUGCUCACUGCUGCCCCUGGGUUUACUCAUCCUCCACUCUGUGCAGAAGAAGCUGCCCUGCGUCGGGCGCUAGAACACGUGGAUGGUGAUCACAGCUCUCUGAUCCAGGUGUAUGAAUCCUUUAUACAGAGUGGAGCAGACAAGUCUUGGUGCCAGGCUCGGGGUCUAAACUGGGCAGCAUUGUGCCAAGCCCAUAAACUUCGGGGAGAACUCCUAGAACUCAUGCAACGGAUUGAACUUCCCUUGUCUCAACCAGCCUUUGGCUCUGAGCAGAAUCGCAGAGACCUUCAGAAAGCACUGGUGUCAGGAUACUUCCUUAAGGUGGCCCAAGACACAGAUGGAACUGGAAAUUACCUGCUCCUAACCCAUAAGCAUGUGGCCCAGCUCUCCCCAUACUGCUGCUACCGAAGCCGCAGGGCUCCCGCCAGACCCCCGCCCUGGGUGCUUUACCACAAUUUCUCCAUUUCCAAAGACAACUGCCUUUCCAUUGUUUCUGAGAUUCAACCACAGAUGCUGGUGGAAUUGGCCCCUCCAUACUUCCUGAGUAACUUGCCCCCUAGUGAGAGCAGAGACUUCCUGAACCAGCUGAGGGAAGAAAUGGCAGAUUCUUCAACAGGGAGUGAAUCUUCCUCCACCCAAGAGCUUGGAGAUGCCUGUGUCCUGCAGUGACCUGCCUGCGGAGUGAAGCUGAGCUCAUCUCAUCACAUUAGAUCUUCCCUCAGGCUAGCACCUAGACAGCCAGCCAGAUUUAGAAGCCCAACGUUAAGGGUCAAAUACUGGAAACGUGAGUCCCAAGAAAUGAUGGGCUGGAGUGGAGCGAGUUGGGAAAGCCACAGUCUAAACAGAGUAGGACCCUUUCCUUAGCUUUCUUCUAUUUAUUGGAGAGGAACUAACAUGCCUUUCAUAUACCCAACUUAUGCCAAACCCAUCCUUGUGUUCCCUUUUGGUCUAUAAAAGUUCUUUUUAUA